AUGGCGUCGAGUUACGUGUCUGAACUGAGGAUUGUCCUGCUGGGGAAGGACAGAUCAGAGAUCAGCAGAGUGGGGAACUUCAUCCUACGCCAAAAAGCUUUUGAUUCUGAAGCUCCCUCUUCCUCAGUGAAGCAGCACAAUGAGACUGCUGGAGGAAUGGUGGAGGGAAGAUGCAUCACCCUCAUCAACACACCUCACCUGCUUGAUCCUCAGCUCUCUCCAGAAGAGCUGAAGCAGAGAGUGAGAGAAUGUGUAGAUCUGUGUUCUCCUGGACCUCAUGUGUUUUUACUGGUUCUCCAGUCAGAGAACUUUACAGAGCAGGACUGCUCUCUGAGGUUAAACCUGAUUGUUUGUGGGAGCAACAGUGAGCUGAAGUCCUCCAUAUCAGAUCUGAUACUGGGCCAGAGAGAGUUCAGUGCAGAGUCCAGUUCAGUGUGUGUGAAGAGGGAAGCAGAAGUAUGUGGACGUCUGAUCACCCUGGUGGAGCUUCCAGCUCUCUACAGCUCUCAGCUCUCAGAGGAGGAAGUGAUGCAGGAGACUCUCCGCUGUGUCUCUCUCUGUGAUCCUGGAGUUCAUGCUUUUCUCCUCGUCCUCCCUGAGGGACGCCUCACUGAUGAAGAUAAAGGAGAACUGGAGAAGAUCCAGAUGAUUUUUGGAUCAAAAUUCUACAACCACACCAUAGCAGUCAUCACUACAGAGUCUCAGCAACAGUCAGUAGAGUUAGAUAAAGCUACUAAACAGAUCACUGAAACAUUUAAAAGACACUGUGUUUGUGUUUUGAAUGACAGCAUUAAGUCAAUGCUCAUGAAUGAGGUUGAUCUGAUGUUGAAACUCAACAGUGGAAGCUGCUACACAUCCAGCAUGUAUUUAGAAGCACAGGUGGAAACACAGCUGAGAUACAAGGCUGAGAUUGAAGAACUGAAGAAAAAGAAAGAGACACAAGAAUCUUCCUCAGAUACAGAAGAUCUAAGAAUUGUUCUCAUGGGGAAGACUGGAGUGGGGAAGAGUGCUACAGGAAACACCAUCCUGCAGAAAGAGGUCUUCAAAGAGUUACUCUCCUCUAAGUCAGUUACCAGCGUCUGUCAGAAAGAAUCAGCUGAAAUCAGACGGAGACGGGUCACUGUGAUCGACACUCCAGGACUGUUUGAUACAAAUGUUCCUAAUGAAGAGAUCAUAAAGGAAGUCGCUAAGUGUAUCACCAUGGCUGCACCAGGUCCACACGUCUUUCUGCUGGUGCUGACAGUGGGACGCUUCACACAAGAGGAGAAAGAAGCAGUGAAGAUGAUUCAAGAACUGUUUGGUGAAGAAUCCAGAAGAUACACCAUGGUGCUCUUCACCAGAGGAGAUGAUCUGAGGAAAAUGAGCAUUGAUGAUUAUAUUAAAGAUUCUGAACACAGCUUACAAAACAUCAUUAAGCAGUGUGGAAACAGAUACCACGUGUUCAACAACAGAAAUACUGAAGACCAAACCCAGGUCACUGAUCUACUGGAGAAGAUCGACUCCAUGGUGGCAGUGAAUGGAGGGAGCUGCUACACUAAUGAGAUGUUCCAGAACACGGAGAAAGCUCUACAAGAAGAACAGAAGAGAAUCCUGGAGGAGAAAAAGGAGGAGAUAGAGAGAGAGAAAGAAGAACUGAGAACCAAACAUGAAGCUGAGCUCGAGAAACUGAAGAUGAUGAUGACAGAGGAACAGCAAAAUCUGGUAAAAAAGAGAAAAGAAAAAGAGAAAGAGUUUCAGAAGAGAGAAGCUCAAAUAAAGGAGGAGACGAAUGAAAAACGAAAGAAAGAGCUGUAUAAAAAACUCAAAGAAGAGAGAGAGGCUUUCAAUAAGAAGAUGGAAAGGAAAGAGCAGGCCUAUAAAGAAAAGAUAAAGAAUGAUCAGCGAGACAAGAAAGAAAAGUACGAGAGGGAGAAAGAAUACAUGAGGAAGCAGAAGGAGAAGGAGGCGAGGCUGCAGGCAGAAAAUAAUUUUAACACUGAAAUAUCGCUAUGGCGUGCUCCAAUACAAGCAGUAGCGGAUACAGUGGAGGCAGUAGCGGAUACAGUGGAGGCAGUAGUGGAUGCAGUAGCGAAAGGAGUAGGAAAGCUUUGUAGGGGCAUAAGCAAACUUUUUAAAUGA